AGAUGGUAAUUUUUUUUUCUCUUCCUCUUUUUUUUAGGUUUUCCCAUAUGAUUCAGGACAAGCCCCUCCGCACCUCUUGGGAGCGAAAGAUGAAAGAGCGCCAGGAGAAGAAAAUAGUCAAGGAAUUUGCCCGUCAUCUACAGGAAGAAAAACAAAGGGAGCGAGAGGAGAAGAAGCAGCGCCGGGAAGAGAACUUGAAACGACGCCUAGAGAACGAGCGGAAGGCAGAGAUCGUACAAGUGAUCCGGAAUCCGCUCAAGCUGAAGCGUGCCAAGAAGAAGCAGCUGCGGAGGAUUGAGAAGCGGGAUACGCUGGCUCUGUUGCAGAAACGCCAGGCACAGCGCAAAGAGGGCAAGGAGUGAGGCAGCAGAGAGGGUGGGAAUGACAUCUCAGGGCUGCUUUUUCUCUGGGAUCUGUCUGUCCUGAUGCUGCUUUCUCAGCUCUCCUGCCCACCACUGCCUCCUGCCCUGAGUGGGCACUCCUUAUCACCUCCCCUCCCUGCUGUGGACUGAUUGACCAUGCUGGAUACACGCUACCAGAUCACAUGCAAGAGCAGGGAGCUAUACAAACCCAUGGGCUACACAGCUGCUCUUCAGUGGAAACCUACAUUGUCUUCUAGCCCAAAUAAGUUCUGUAGUCCAUGAUGCUAGAAGGUGUCAUAAAGACCCCUGAUGGGACAGGGUUGAGGUGUUCUCAUGUUACCUGACUCAGGGCAAAGAAACCAAAGACCAUGGCAGCUGAGCUAAUGUGUGAACUGAAGCUCUUGGUGCCAAAACUCUAUCUUAAUUUGCACAUGUCCACUUGUUUGUGCAGCUGGAGGGGGGAAGGGAGCUGCUUCUGGUGUCUGUCUUGUCCUUUGCCUCAAUAAUUUGAUCUUCUUUUAGGAGGAACCAUAUGGAAAAAGAUUUGGGUUUGUCCAGUAGGAACCUGGGUUAUGGGGUGGGUGCUGAAUCUGUUGUGCUGUCUUUUUUUUGUUUUUAAUUAAAGGGCUGUUGUUUUGCUCUGUGGUAAAGGACAGGUGCCCCCCCCAA